AUGCUGGAGCUAUCUGAUAAGGAAUCUGAUGAUUCCAAAGAGAAUCGUUGGGGAAGACGUCAAUUCAAUGUUGGGAAACAGGAAUGUUUCAUUUGUAGGAAGCUGGAAGAAUCUGAAGAUGGGGAAUUUGUUCGUUGCCCCUCAACUAGUAUUGAAAAUGCAGCCACUACUGAUGAAGAUGCUUCUGAUUUCGGCAAUAAUAAAAUUAGAAAAUGCAGUUUCUCAUCAUGCACUUUGCGAUUCCACGAAAACUGCUUUUUGAUUUUUACAGAAGGUGACUUCCUGCCAAGAAUUCAUAUAUUGGACAGACAUGGUGAUCUCUGUAUUAAUUUAAAAGACAGUAAAAAGUGGAUAUGUCCUCAACAUGAAUGCAACUUUUGUAAUCAAGAACUUCUACGAACACGAGCUUUUCUAGGGAAAUUUAUACAAUGCGUGAAAUGUGUGUUCGCUUGGCAUCCUUCUUGCGUCAUAGUCGGUUCGCUACAUAUGGAUCGAAAACGUGAUCGCUAUGUACUUUGUCCCAGGCACAGCACUGUGAAGCGUGCGUCAAAACGGAAUAUUCCAUACUGCGUUAAAUGUGAAAAUCCUUUCGAAAAUGAUUCUCAAAAAAUGGCAUGUAAGUCUUGCAUACGUUCUUUUUGCCAUAGCUGUGUUGCUGGGAAAAAUAAAAUCAAAGAUGUGAAAGCAGAAAAUUUUGAAUUUGUGUGCGAUUUUUGUCGAUGCUUUGACUUCCCGAGAAUUGGUGACUACGUUCUGGCAGCUUACAAAUCCAAUUUUUGGCCCGCAAGGUCUCUUCAUGCUGAUUUAUUGCCAAUAUCGUUAUAUUCUAUGAAUAAUUUGUUUGGAAAACUUCGCGAGCCGGGCUAUGUACUUAUACAGUGGGUUGAGGGAUUGGAUGUUCCAAAUUAUGAUGUCGUAACAUGUAGGGACUUGGUUCCACUUCCAAAGACACUGAAUUGUUCAUUUUGGAAGCGCAUGAAGGCACAUUCAAAGAUUUACAAAGCUGCUGAAGCUAUAUACGCUAGUUCGAAAGCAGUAGUUGGUAUCAGGCGUCCACUUCCACAAGAAGUUAAGGCAUCAAAGUAUACGAGAAUUAAGACAAAUAUAAAUAUGCGCUUAGCCAGAGCAUUAUCAGACACAACGGAAUUAGGUCACUGCAAUUGCGAACCUAUCAAUGGAAUGCGUUGUACUGUUGCCCACAAUUGCUUGAAUCGAAUCUUGAUGACAGAAUGUCCUGAGGAUUGUGAUUCAACUUAUUUGGGGAAGCGGAACGCACUUGUAGGCGGUACAAGGCGACAGAUUUUAAAAAGAACUACAAAACUGGUUACCAGUGAAAAAUCCCUUUUACCAUCACAAAAGAUGUGUACAAAUAAUUUUUUGCGGCAUCAUGAUACCAAUGAUGAUAAUUUAUUUAUGGAGGAAAAACCAACUAUGUUAAAAGGAUUUGGUGCCUUCGCGAAAUGUGAUAUUGAUAAAGGUAUUGAUUUAACCGAAUAUGUUGGGUAUGUGAUGACGAAGGAUGAAUACUUAGAAAAAUUGCGGUUUCGUUGUUUAUUUAAUGAUUUGGAGGCGUCAUAUUUUGGGAUGCAAUUGACAAAUGAUUUUUACGUGGAUGCACGAAAUUAUGGCAAUAUUGCUCGGUCGUUCAACCAUUCAUGUGAACCGAAUACUAAAGUAGAUGCUGUGGUGGUUGAUGGAAUUUACAGACUCAAAAUUUCGACAAUUAAAGAUAUCAAAAAAGGUGAGGAGUUGACCUUUGAUUAUGAUACGGAGAUUAUUGAAGGCCUUGUGGGCAUGGAAUGUUUCUGUGGUUCUAGAAACUGUCGACGCAUAAUUGGGAAAAGAGCAAAUACAACACGAAAAACUACAAGUAUAAAAGAUCUUUCUGUGUUGAACCAACACGUCAUUGAUAAUAAUAACACAGCGAAGAAUGUUCAGUCGAAAACAACCCAGUUGAAGAGUUACAAUGAAAUUUGUGAAAGCAGCGAUCAUCUAGUGCAGGAAUAUGUGCAAAAUAAGCGAAGCAAAUACUCUGAUGAAAACAAAGGUGCAAGAAAAGAACAAGCUUGUAAAGUUUCAUGA